AUGAGUUCAUCCAAGAUGAACAACCGUGAGCCAGAACCUCAUAUCCAAAACAAUGACGACGACCCUGUGUGUAUAGUAGGAAUGGCAUGCCGCCUACCAGGGGGCGUCGACUCGCCGUCUAAGCUCUGGGACACUCUGUUGAACAAACAGUGCUACAGUGGCCCAGUACCGCAGUCCCGUUUCGACCUUUCGGGCUGGUAUCAUCCCGAUGCCAAUCGUGCCGGGGUCAUGAAUGUCCCAGGCGGAUAUUUUCUCCAAGAGGAUGUGCGACAGUACGAUGCGGGCUUCUUUGGCGGCCUGGGCGGUGUCCACAACCUCGAGGCGGCAGGGCUGGAUCCUCAGCAGCGGAAGCUGCUCGAGGUAGUCUACGAGUGCUUCGAACACGCUGGGGCUACGCUGCAUGACAUGGCGGGCAGCAACACGGGAGUCUAUGUCGGCAACUUCACGGUCGAUCACGCGACAAUGCAGUUGAAAGACCCGGACACAAUCGGGCGGUACACGGCCGUUGGGGUUGGGACCAGUCUGCUGGCAAAUCGUGUCAGCUACGUGUUCGACCUACAAGGGCCCAGCCAGGUCCUGGAUACGGCAUGCUCGUCGUCUCUGUACUGCCUCCACAAUGCCGUCCAGGCCUUGCUUGGCGGCGAGUGCGACGGAGCCAUCGUUGCAGGCGCCAACCUGAUCAUGUCGCCGGAUCAAUGCCUGGGAACGUCGAGGGCGGGCUUCCUAUCACCCACUGCUACGUGCCAUACAUUUGGUGCCGAAGCAGACGGGUACGCACGGGCCGAGGGCGUCAAUGCAAUUUAUGUCAAGCGUUUGUCUGCAGCUCUACAAGAUGGGGACAAAGUCUGGGCCGUGAUUCGUGGCACUGCAGUCAAUGCAAAUGGCAGAACGUCUGGGAUCUCGCAGCCCAACGCAGACCGCCAGGCGGCCGUCAUCAACAAGGCGUAUGCGACGGCGAAGCUCGAUGUUCUGGACACAGAUUACGUCGAGUUCCACGGCACGGGAACGCCAAUUGGUGAUCCCAUUGAGGUCGAAGCCGUAGCGCGGUGUUUUGCACAAAAAAGAGCGACCCGGCUGAUGAUCGGUGCCUCCAAGCCCAACUUUGGCCACAGCGAGGCUGCAAGCGGGCUCACGGCCAUCAUCAAAGCUGCGCUGGCUUUGGAAAAGGGUCAGAUCCCCCCGACCUGUGAUGUCAAGAAGUGGAAUCCAAAGUUGCAACUCGAUGCCCGCAAUCUUUUAGUUGUCCAAAAGCCUACUUCCUGGCCGAGGGCACUUCGAAGGGCCAGUGUCAACUCAUUUGGCUACGGCGGUGCCAACUCGCAUUUGAUUCUCGAGUCAACGGACAGCUACCUCGGAGGAUUCCGGGAGGAUGUGCUGCCAGCCCGCAUAAGUGCUGCUGCUGUGCCGUCAGAAAAUCAUGAUGACAAAAGAGAGGAACAAAAAUCUGACCGCCAUAUACUGCUUCCUAUCUCAGCGGCGACAAGACAGGCUCUAGAUGCCCGCGUAAGCCAGAUCACCGAAGUCCUCACGCAGAUGGACAAGACAGAUCAUCCGCUUGUCGGGCACAAGCUGCAGGAUAUAGCCUACACUCUCAGCCAGCGCAGGUCUCACAUGGACUUUCGACACGCCCUGUUGGUCAAUAUGCAGGCAACCAUGAGAGGCGACGGUGGCGAAGAUGAGAUGAUCCAUCAUAUCAAGGCACCAGAAGUCACAGGUCACAACAGUUCCGGCCUACUACCCUUUGGCUUUGUCUUCACUGGCCAGGGCGCGCAGUGGGCUAACAUGGGCAAGGAGCUGCUGGAGAUGAGCACGAUCUUUCGUACAACCAUCCGCAGCCUCGACAGUGUCCUGCAAAGACUGCCCAGGGAGCAGGCUCCGGACUGGACCAUCGAGCAGACACUCCUUGACCCGCCCGCGUCCAGCCAGAUUCAUGACGUCGUCCGCAGCCAACCAGUCUGCACCGCCCUCCAGAUCGCCCUGGUCGAUAUGCUGGCUGCCUGGGGGGUUCAGCCUACAACUGUGGUGGGCCACUCCUCGGGCGAGAUUGCCGCUGCCUACGCAGCAGGGCUCCUGAACGCCGACCAGUCCAUUCUGGUUGCGUUUUUCAGGGGCUUGGCGGUUGGUACAUUGCAGAGUCAAGGUGCGAUGCUGGCGGCCGGUAUGGGCCCCGAGGCUGCCUCGCAGCUCGUGCGGGACAGCGGUCUGGACGAGAGUGUGAGUGUUGCCUGUGUGAACGCGCCCGACAGCGUCACGCUUAGCGGUUCUUCCGAGGGGAUCGAGCGUCUCCUAGUCAAGCUUCAGGAGCAGAACAAGUUUGCCCGAAAGCUGCAGACAGGAGGGAGGGCAUACCACUCUUUUAUGAUGAGAGAGGUGGGCGGCUUGUAUGAAAAAUUACUCGCACCAUAUCUCGGCUCAAGAGCAGAGCAGAAGCAACAGAAGAACAACGCAACCAUAUCCAUGUUCUCAUCUGUGGAUGUUGACAGCGAUAAGGGCGGCGGCAACAACGAAGACUCAGUACUGGAGGGCCAACCUCGAGAGGUCGGUCCAGUUCUGGCGAGCGGAGGAGGAGGAGGAGGAGGAGGAGGAGGAGGAGGCAAAAACGGCCUUCUCCAUCUGGUCGAGAUAGGCCCGCACAGUGCGCUCAAGGGACCAUUGCAGCAGAUACGCCGCCACAUGGGCCGUGACGAGGCUGCCCUCCCUUACUCGUGCGCUCUCCUCAGAGGUCAGGACGCAGAGCUCUCGGCUAAGAAGCUCGCAGGCACCCUCUUCCUCCACGGCACAAACCUGUCCUGGCAACACAUAUCGCCAUCACCAGCAUUCCUAGAUAAGCAGCAGCAACAAAAAGAACAUCAACGAGACUCUGAUCUGCGCGUCAGUCUCCCUCCCUACCCAUGGGACUAUUCUGGUGGUCUCCUCUGGACCGAGUCCCGCACCAGCAUCGAGAUGCGCAACCGUCCGUUCCCCCGCCAUCCUCUUCUGGGCUCGCUCCGUGUGGCCGGCAACGGCCUCGACUGGCAAUGGAAAAACCAGCUGAGCAUCAAGGAGAUUCCCUGGUUGCGUCACCACAAGGUCGAGACACAGGUUGUCUUUCCAGCAGCGGGCUAUCUCGCCAUGACCAUCGAGGGCUUGUCACAGGCAUUGCAUCUUGGCAGUAACGCCGACAGCAAGAAUAACGACAAGAAUGAUAAAUUCCGACGUCCUUGCUGGCUCGAGUUCCGCAACGUGAGCAUCAGCACUGCGCUCGUGGUGCCUGAUGACGAAGAUGAUAACGAGAACCACUACAGUUCUCACAACAACACAGACAAAAACCACACAGUAGAGUUACACACUGUCAUCUCGCCGCGUGCUCUGUCUUCGACCACCAUGUCUUCCAGCUGGUACGACUUCUCCAUCUCGUCUUGGGUGGCGGGCAAGGCAACGGUGCACUGCGCCGGAAGCAUCCAGCCACACAAGGCCGAGAGCGAUAUCAGCAGUGCCGCAUUAGUAGAAGACACUGCCACAACACAGCAGCACCAGCAGCAAGGACACGGCACAGAGCAGGGAGCCACUGGAUCAGCCGCACUGUACUAUCGAAAGUUCGAACAGGAGGGGUUGUGCCUCGGUCCUUGGUUCCAGUCCAUCACUGGCGUCGUCACUGAUGAUUUUGAUGACAAUGGUGACAACAAAAACAACAAGUCCUCCGCUUCCCCUGAAAUCCUCGUGGCUACUACCCUUCUCAGGCCUCAGAACGAGGAGCGUGUACCAGCAGAUGCACACCUCAGCCAGCAGGAGCGUGAACAGGAUGCCAUCCAUCCCAUCACCAUCGAUGCCUGCAUCCAGGCAGGUAUCAUGUCCACAGCCGGCGGGGACCUGAGCAUCCUGGGUGCACAUCUUCCCAUUUCUAUCCGAGAAUGUUGGAUCCAUGGUGACUGCGGCGGCAGUGGCAUUGGUAGCAGUGGCAGCGAGGAGGACGCCAUUCCACCUGUUCAAAGCAUGAUCCAGGCACGCGCCCGCAAGACAGGCGUGUCGACCCACCGCGUCGAUGCCACCCUCCGCCAUCCACACAGUGCCGCGCCCCUCAUCCACCUCCAAGAUGUCCUCGUGUCGCACUACAGCGCCAAGAUGCCUCAUCUCGACCUUGGGUCCGUCAUCCCUCGCCAGCCCUGCCUGCGCGUGACCUGGAAGCCAGACAUGACGCACCUGCGCGGUUCUUCAGCGAAGAGACUGCGUGAUUACCUCGCCGGCUCCCUGGACAGGCUCUUGGGUGCGCUCCCAGACACAGAAGAUCUAGCCGACAAUGCAACGGGGACGGCGGUCGCGGCACUGCUGGACCUAGCAGGUCACCGGAACCCGCGCAUGCAAGUGUUGGAGCUGGGUGAGGAUUGCACUUGCAAGGCUAGACAGUGGAUGGCGGUGCUGGGCAAGGAAACUGCGUGUCAGCGUUAUCAAUCAUGGAAGACGACCCUCCCAGACCUCGACGGGCCUGCUGCUGUUGCUAAAGCUCGCGAACAUCAAGAAGAUAAUAAUGACGGCCAGACUCCGGGGCGAGCUGUCUUUGAUGUUGUGCUUCUUCUCAGCCGAAAGAAAAGUCGGGAAUAUUGGGAGAGACAUCCUAACGAAAUUAUUUCUCUCAUCAACCAAGGAGGAAUGGUCAUAACCCGCAAGACAAGCGCCAGUGUCACUGUCUUGGAAAAGGCAGGGUUCGACAAGGUCGAGUUGGGAUACGACUUGAUCUUUGGAAUCCGUCCUGAAGGCAAAGGCGUACUGUCCCUUGAAGGAAAGCGAUUUGUAAUUUUGACUCGCGAAGCCUCCCCGUGUUCUCUCUCGGAGAAGUUUGCAAAGGCCAUGGUGACGCAGCUGCAGAAACAAAUCGGCACAUCCAUUGUGGUGGACGUAGUGCCGCUCGAGGAGGCCGGACAGGCGUCGUUGAGCCAGGACACAAUAUGCGUUUCUCUCCUGGAGAUGGCAGACCCAUUCCUGGCCACUAUGAGCCAGGACGACAUGAACCAUCUCCGCAAUGUCACUGGGCGCGUCACCACCCUGCUGUGGCUCACAGGUGCAGACAUGUUGGGAGACGCGCCGAGGCCUGACCUGACGCUCUGCAACGGCCUCGCACGCGCACUCAUGUUGGAACAGCCAGCACUUCGUUUCCUGGUCCUGGAUAUCGGCACCCCUGAGAAGUGGGACAUGUCAUCGACGCGCGAGAACAUUGUGAGCGUGCUCGCAGCGCUGCUGUCCAGGGACGCAGGCACAGACACACUGGAAGCUGGCGACAGCGAAUAUGUGCAACAUGACGGUCUCGUCUACAUCAGCCGUUUCACGCCCGAUCCUGUGCUGAAUACUACAUUCAACCGCCGCCUGCGUCUCGGGGGAGCUGCUUCGUCCAGCCACACUCGAGAUGAUGGCGCUGAGCUCAUGUCGUCAAGAGCUCGGCCUGCAAAGCUGUCCAUCGGUCGUGUCGGCGUCACCGACACAAUACACUUUCAAGCAAUGGAGAAUUCUUUCUCUUCACCUUCCUCUUCUCUUCCAGCAGACUCAGUUGACGUGCUGGUCAAGGCUGUCAGCCUCAACGCCAAGAACGUGUAUGCCCUCAGUGGCCGCGUGGAGACGGUGGCUGCCUCGACGGUGGAUGAGUUCAGCGGCAUCGUGACCGCAGUCGGCGCAGGGGUAACGCACCUGCAACCUGGCGACCGCGUUUUUGGCUUAGCACCGGCCCAGCUCACGACGACGAUGCGCAUGCACGCCACCGACGCCCACAAGAUGCUCGACACAGAGGAGUUCUCUGUCAUGCCCACCAUGCUCACAGUGUACGCCACAGCCUUGUACGCCCUCGACCACCGCGCCCACCUGCGUGCUGGCGAGACUGUGCUGAUCCAUGGUGGUGCCGGCGCGCUGGGGUUCGCCGCCAUCUCCCUGGCACAUCGCCUCGGUGCGGUCGUCUACACUACUGCAGGGUCGGCCAGCAAGCGGCAGUUCAUCACCGAGGAGCUGGGCAUCCCUCCCGAGCGCGUCUUCAACUCACGAGAUAGGGGCUUUGUCGAAGGGCUGAGGACGGCCACGGGCGGACGCAUGGCUGAUGUGGUCGUCAACUUCCUCGUGGGUGACCUUCUUCAUGAGAGCUGGCGCUGUGUCGCCCCCUUCGGCCGCUUUGUCGAGGUGGGCAAGCAGGAUCUCGUCAACGGCGGCCGCCUGGAUAUGGACGUCUUCCUGCGCAAUGCUACCUUUACCGCCUUUGACCUAACAGAUUUGAUAAUGCAUCAAGACGAGCACUACCGCCAAGUCUGGAUUAAGCUGAGCAGCGAGGUCGUGGAGUUAUACCGUGCUGGCAAGAUUCAGCCGCCGCCCUCGACGGUCUUUGAUGUAGCCAAUAUUGUCCAGGCAUAUCGCUACUUCUCCACCCAGGACAGAGUCGGCAAGAUUGUCAUUUCCUUUGAAAAUGAGGAUUCUCUUAUUCCGCUGGCUCCUCCGAGAUACAGCGCGUCCCUGGACCCGAACAAGACCUAUCUUCUCAUUGGGUGCCUUGGCGGCUUGGGGCGCAGCCUCAGUCGCUGGCUCUUGUCUCGCGGCGCCCGCAACUUUGUCUUCCUCGGUCGUUCAGGCGCCGACAAGCAAAGCGCCAAGACCAUGGUCAGACGCCUGGAGGCUGGCGGUGCGACCGUGACUGUUGUGCGUGGCGAUGUUACAAACCGUGCCCACGUCGACGCCGCUGUCGAGGCUUGUAUUGCGACAGGCAAGCCUGUGGGCGGCGUGGUGCAGGCCGCCAUGGGCCUCCACGAAGCUCUCUUCUCGUCCAUGACCAGCGAGGCAUGGCAUACGGGGAUCCAGCCCAAGGUCACGGGCACCUGGAACCUGCAUGACGCCCUCUCGGCUGGAGGCCGCGACGCCGCCCUCGACUUCUUCCUACUCAUGUCCUCAGUGUCUGGAAGCGUUGGUACGGCCACUGAGAGCAACUACUGCGCCGCCAAUUGCUUUCUCGACGCCUUCGCCAGGUGGCGCCGCUCCCAGGGCAAGCCUGCCAUCUCGCUCGGCCUCGGCAUGAUCUCCGAGGUGGGCUAUCUACACGAGAACCCAGACAUCGAGGCCCUGCUUCUGCGUCGAGGCAUCCAGCCCCUGACAGAGGCAGACAGCAGCUGGCUCAACAAGACGCGUGGCUUUGACGUGACCCAUGCCUCGAUGGAUGAUCCGCGGGCGUCCAUCCUGUUUGCCGCCCUGUCGGCUGAACAAGACGCCAGAGACGGCAGAGAGCAACACGGAGACGCUGCGCUGAAGAACGGCAGCAGCAGCUUGGCCCGGUCCGCCUGGUAUGCCGACGUGCCUGCGACCGCUCAGAAGGCUAUCCAGGCCGAGGCACACGCUCCAUCUCUCCAUGAGGCCAUCUUGAACCUGCUGCGCAAGCGCUUUUCCUCCUUGAUUCUGAUGUCACUCGACAAAAUCGAAGACGACAAGCCCAUCGCCAAGUUUGGCGUGGACAGCAUGAUCGCCUCCGAGUUUCGAACUUGGAUCUGGACUGCCUUCAAAGUCGAUAUGCCUUUUCUUACUAUUCUCAGCCAGGAUGCUACUUUGAGCACUCUCGCGACUUCUAUAGCAGAGAGAUUGAGUCAAUCCUGA